AUGCCAGAUGACAUCGGAGAGAACCCGGCUGGACGGAAAAGAGCAUUCAAAGCUUGCCAAAGAUGCAAUACCCGAAAGGUGAAAUGCGAUGCAGCCCGGACAGGCCUGCCGUGCACCAGAUGCCGGGUCGAUGGUGCUGUAGGAUGCACCUUCAUCACCUCUCGCCGGGGCACCUACAAUCGCUGGCGAUCGAAAUCGAAUGCACCGACCCAAGAUGCAUCCCUUGGUGGUUCAGCUAGCAUUCUUCCCUCACGGGAGUCGUCCUCGGCACAAGAAGGACCAGAUAGUGCGGUGCCACUGGAAGCAGAUGCUCCCUGUCCCAGCUCCGCCAACCCAUCACCCGCUCACGAUUCAGACAAGAAUCGAUCAGAGAUUAUCGGGGAGUCGGAACACACCAGAAGCAACUCCCUAGCCGUGAUGUUUGAAAAUUUCCUCAAGCAACAAGGUCGAGAUGCGGAGGGCCUGGUAGGCAAACAUGGGUUUGUCCUAUUAGGAGACUCCUCACCUCUGACAUUUGCUCUAAAAGAGGUUCUGCCUGAAAAGCGAGUCGGAAUUCAUACGGAGCGAGAGACCCCGGGUGGUGGCGAGGUACCCAUAUCACGCCAACGGUCCGCCCAUCCAUCACACCUAUCCGCGGCGGAUAUUACUUAUUUGCAAGCCAAAGGAGUCUUCAAUGCACCCAAUUCCGAAUGCCUACGUGCUCUGAUUGAUGCCUUCAUCGGAAGUUUCUAUCCCUUAUAUUCCAUUGUGAACAAGGCCGAAUUUCUCGAGCAUCAUCAAUCAGGAACCACCCCUUGGAUCUUGCUACAUGCAGCAUGUCUCAUUGGGGCGGCUUACUGUGACAUCGGCGUUAUCAAGAGUGCGGGAUUCAAAACCCGCCAAAGCGCACGCCGAUUCUUCUACGACAAGGCCAAGGUUCUUUAUGAUGUGGGUUACGAAACCAACAGUGUGGUAUUAUUGCAGGCCAUUAUUAUCUUGACGUUCUGGGGCCCUGACAUGAAGAGCUACUGGAACCCCUGCUCAUGGGUGGGUGUCGCUGUGACGAUCGCCGAAUCUUUGGGAAUCCAUCGCUCGACGGCCUUUUCGUCAUCUCAUCAAGACAAAGGUCUUCUGAGGAGGAUGUGGUGGGCAAUUGCAGUUCGAGACACGUACUGCGGGACUCUUCUAGGACGGCCUUUCCGAGUUAACAUGGGCCAUUGCGACACCGCGAUGCUGACACUGGACGAUUUCGGCCCGGAACAGGGACAGACCGAUCCCGCAGAUGAAAGUCGGCUUUCCAUGCUGUAUCAAAUCCAGCUUGCCAAACUGUCACUGAUCCUGCGCCACAUCAUUAACACACGCUUCAACCCAGGAUUUUCGUCCACUCCACAGAGUCUACAUGAGAUGCUUGCUCACUGGCGGAGUGAGCUGCCGCCUGCCAUCAACUGGGCUGAUUCAGGACCCUCACCGUCAAUGUUUGCCGAAAGCCUGAAGAUCUUAUUCCAUCACCACAUGAUCUUUAUUUACCUUGCUCGUCGAGACACGUUGUCCGACGAGCCGCCGCCGCAACUGGAUUCCGAGUCCGCGACGUAUGAGAUAGCGGAAUCGGCCGCCCAAACAAUCGCCUCGACGGCAUUGACUCUAAUGACCAAAUCAAUGAUCCAUUCGAUGCCGCAGGAAGUGUUCCCGGCCUUCUUUGUCGCAGGAAUAGUCUUCUCCCGGCUCAUUCGCAGAUCAUCACCUCUGAUCGCACAACUAGGUCAAGCAGCCCUCGACAACUGUCAAAUAGUUCUGAACGAAGUUCGGGAUUGUUGGGAUCCUGCCUUCUGGGGCUUGCGUAUCUUUGAAUUUCUCCAAGCCGCCAUCAAGAAAGCUGGCACGUCCGGCAAUGCUUCCGACGCCGUCAAGGGACCGACAAGCCAGUCGUCGCUGGCAGGGGCAAUGGAAAAUCGCAGGACGGAGAACAUAAUCUCAAGUCCAGAAUACUAUGCGCUGCAAAAUACAUUCGAGAUGGGACCUGCUAUCCACAAUUUCCAGAAUGCUGCUCAGCAGAGACAGCUUGACAUGAGCUUGCAAACCCAACUCUAUGACCGCUUUUUAGACCCGGACAAUUACUUUAUGAUGCCAACAUCUCUCGGAGUAUCAGAAUACGCUUUCGACAUGUCCCAAUGGUGA